AUGCCAUCGAAAUUAAUCUAUGAAAUCGUUGAAAAUGAUAACAAUAUAGAAGCUCAAUUAGAUUUAUUAAAUUGUACUGAUGAAAUUACUGAAGUAUUGAACUCAUCAGAAUGUAUAAAAAGUGAUAUAUUAACUAAAACCUUACAUAAUAAUGGAAAUAAUAAAAAGGAAAUAAAGCAUAAAACAAAUCAAUCAUUAAAGAAUGAGGAAGGAAUUAAAAGUUAUUUUAUAUCUAAUCAAUUAUGGAUUGUUACUUUGUUAAUUCUAAUUAUCGUCAUUGUUAUUGGAUUAUUAUCUGUUUGGUUUGGAAUUGUAUAUUGUAAGUCCAAAUUAUCUGGUGUAGAUAGUGUUAAAGUACCCGGUGGUAGUCAAGCGAUAUCUUCCACAACAAAUGAAACGAUCAAUAAAAUAUGUUUGGAACCAAUUGAAUCAGGUCCAUGCAGAGCUUCCAUCGAAAUGUUUGCUUUUAGUGUAGACCAAUGGAGAUGUAUCAGAUUCAUUUAUGGUGGUUGUCACGGGAAUUCCAAUCAGUUCGCUAGCAUAGAAGAAUGUGAAGCUGUAUGCCAUUAA